GGCGGGCGGCGGCGGGCGGCAUGGGCUGCUUCUGCGCCGCCCCGGAGGAAUUCUACUGCGAAGUUUUGCUCCUGGACGAAUCCAAGCUGACCCUCACCGCGCAGCGCCAGGGCGUCAAGAAGUCAACGAAAGGUUCUGUUGUCCUUGACCAUGUAUUCCGUCACGUAAAUCUCAUGGAGAUAGAUUACUUUGGGCUGCGUUACUGUGAUAGAAGCCAUCAGACGUAUUGGCUGGAUCCUGCAAAAACGCUUGCUGAACACAAGGAACUGAUCAACACUGGGCCUCCAUAUACUUUGUAUUUUGGUAUCAAAUUCUAUGCUGAUGAUCCAUGUAAACUGAAAGAAGAAAUAACCAGAUAUCAGUUUUUCUUGCAGGUGAAGCAAGAUGUCCUUCAGGGCCGGCUGCCCUGCCCUGUCAACAUUGCCGCUCAGCUGGGCGCCUACGCCAUCCAGUCUGAACUUGGAGAUUAUGACCCUUACAAGCACACUGCAGGCUAUGUGUCAGAGUAUCGGUUCGUUCCUGAUCAGAAGGAAGAACUUGAAGAAGCUAUAGAAAGGAUUCACAAGACUCUAAUGGGGCAGGCUCCCUGUGAAGCUGAGCUGAAUUACUUGAGGACGGCCAAGUCCCUGGAGAUGUACGGCGUCGACCUCCAUCCUGUUUAUGGAGAAAACAAGUCUGAGUAUUUCUUAGGAUUAACUCCAGUCGGUGUUGUUGUCUACAAGAACAAGAAGCAAGUGGGGAAGUAUUUCUGGCCUCGGAUCACGAAGGUUCACUUCAAGGAGACACAGUUCGAACUCCGAGUACUGGGAAAAGAUUGCAAUGAAACCUCAUUCUUUUUUGAAGCUCGAAGUAAAACUGCUUGCAAGCACCUCUGGAAGUGCAGUGUAGAACAUCACACAUUUUUUAGGAUGCCGGAAACAGAAUCAAAUUCAUUGUCAAGAAAACUCAGCAAAUUUGGAUCCAUAAGCUAUAAGCACCGCUAUGGUGGCAGGACAGCUUUGCAAAUGAGCCGCGAUCUUUCUGUCCAACUUCCCCGGCCUGAUCUGAAUGUGACAAGAAGUCGAAGCAAGACCUACCCAAAGAGAGUAGCACAGACCCAACCAGUUGGAUCAAACAGUAUCAACCAGAUAACUGUAAAUCGGGAAAAUGGGGAGAAUGAAGGAACAACUAAAAUUAUUGCACCUUCACCAGUGAAAAGCUUUAAGAAAGCAAAGAAUGAAAACAGCCCUGAUACCCAAAGAAGCAAAUCUCAUGCCCCGUGGGAAGAAAAUGGCCCCCCGAGUGGACUCUACAGUUCUCCCAGUGACCGCACUAAAUCACCCAAGUUCCCCUAUGCUCGUCGCCGGAACCCCUCCUGUGGAAGUGACAACGACUCCGUGCAGCCGGUGGGGCGACGGAAAGCCCAUAACAGUGGUGAAGACUCAGAUCUAAAGCAAAGGAGGAGGUCACGCUCACGCUGUAACACAAGCAGUGGUAGUGAAUCGGAAAAUUCUAAUAGAGAGCACCGGAAAAAGAGAAAUAGAACACGACAGGAGAACGAUAUGGUCGAUUCAGCGCCUCAGUGGGAAGCUGUAUUAAGGAGACAAAAGGAAAGAAACCAAGCGGACCCCAACAACAGGCGAUCCCGACACAGAUCUCGCUCGAGAAGCCCUGAUGUCCAAGCAAAAGAAGAGUUAUGGAAGCAUAUUCAAAAGGAAUUGGUAGAUCCAUCUGGAUUGUCAGAAGAACUUAAAGAGAUUCCUUACACUAAAAUAGAGACUCAGGGUGACCCAGUCCGCAUCAGGCAUUCUCAUUCGCCACGAAGUUACCGCCAAUAUAGAAGGUCUCAGUGUUCAGAUGGAGAGCGAUCAGUUCUCUCCGAAGUGAAUUCAAAAACAGAUUUGGUGCCGCCUCUUCCUGUGACCCGUUCUUCGGACGCUCAGGGCUCUGGCGGCUCUACAGUUCAUCAGAAAAGAAAUGGGUCUAAAGAUAGCCUGAUUGAAGAAAAAUCUCAGAUACCUACAAGCAGUCUGGCUGGAAAGCACACAGCAAAAACAGUAAAAACGAUUCAAGCUGCCCGCCUCAAGCUAGACACUUGAUCUUGUGAAGAGCCAGGAAGGGCUGGGAAGGGUGUAUCACUGGUCCUUUUGAAACUGUGAAUUAUUCAAGUAUCUUAGACCUGUGUCUCCCAAGUACAAAAUAUGCACCUUUUACUUUUAAAAGAUCUACAUCUUACUUGAGCUGAAUGACCUUUGCAUUUUAAUUGGAAGGACAGUCUUGUAAGCCGGAUGUCACAUCUUCCUUUCUGAAACUGGACACCCAGCAUUCACGCAUCUGCCCACAAGCACAGCCAGGUGCUCCUAAGCCUCCGCGACUCUGGCUUCGCUGUGGAGAGAGCCAAGUGCGCAGAAAGCGCAUCUUCCCAGCUUCUGAACUGGUGAUCCGCACCAAGGCAUCACCUGUAUUUUGUGGCAUUAAGUCCCACUGGUUAUUGACAAAUGUAAAAAUCUUGUUUUUCAGUGUUACCUCGUGUUCCGGUGUUGUGUUUUCUGUUUUCUGAGUGGGGGAGGAAACUGUGUCAAUGUGAAAGUUGUUCUUCCACUCUGCCUGGCUGGGGAAACCAGAGCGCCUUUGCUAGCGGCAGUCUUC